AUGAAGACUGCAUACUCUCUUCUCACGCUCCUUUCCGUGUCUCUAGUGGUCGCCGGGCCGCUCCCAAUCAAUCGUAAUGACGAACGUGCCGUUGCCUCUACUGCACCCGCACCUGCGCCGGCACCCGCAAUUACACCUGAGGCGCCCAGUGCUGGCGAUGCGGAAGCUCAGAAGGCUGCUGAGGAGAAAGCAGCUGCGGAUCACAAAGCUCAGGCAGACGCCAUGGAGGCAAUGCAUGUAGCUGAAGCUGAGGCUAGGGAGAAGGCGCACCAGGAAGCCGCCGCGAAGAUGGAAGCUAUGCAUGUCGCAGAGGCCGAAGCGAAAGACAAGGCUGCCCAAGAAGCCGCUGCCAAAAUGGAAGCGAUGCACGUCGCUGAAGCUCAGGCAAAAGACAAAGCAGCCCAAGAAGCUGCUGCGAAAGCUGAAGCAGAGCAUAAGGCCAAGCUCGAGGCUGAAGCUGCUGCCGAUAAGGCCGCUGCCGACAAAGCUGCCAAGGAGAAGGAGAACGCUGAGAAGGAAGCCGCACGGCUCGAAGCCGAGAAAUUAAAGGAGGAGGACGGGAAGAAGAAAACUGAAGAAGAUGCUGCACGAGCAGAAGCUGAGAAGGUGAAGAAAGAGGAGGAAGAGAAGAAGAAGGCCGCGGAAGAAUUGGCCGCGAAGGGUAAUGCGUCUCUUCUCCACGAGCCAGCUGCUCAGAACACGAGUGUAGCGGAGGCCAUCCACCCUGUCGGAAACGCAACUGUUGUUUCCGAAGCCACGAGCACUGUUGAGCACGUCUUGCCCGCCGAGACGGCUGCUGCAGUUGUCGAACACCCUGCUGGCCCUCCUGCACCCCUUACACCCCCUGCUCCUAAGGCUGAGGAAGCUGAGGCGGGUAAGCACCCUUUGGCCGGCGAAAAUGUCGCAAACGUGACGGAGAAUACCAGGGCUUGA